AUGUAUCAGUUAUCAUCGCCUACCUCCAUUUUGGGUGAAACUAACGAGAGUCAGCCAAGCACGGUGAAAACCAAAAUUCAAGACCCUGACAUGUUUGCCCUCUUUAUCCCUAAACCCCAAACAACAUUCGAACAGGGUCUCAAAAACCAAAAGCCCCAUGAAAGCAGCCAUUUUUCCCUGGCCUUCAAAGAAGCCAGAUGCAUAACAAAGACAGCAUUACCCAUGGUGCUAACUGGCCUGUUGCUCUACUCUCGCUCCAUAAUCUCCAUGUUGUUCCUUGGUCGUGCAGGUGAGCUUGCCUUGGCUGGUGGUUCUCUUGCCAUUGGAUUCGCCAACAUCACAGGUUACUCUAUUCUCUCGGGCCUCGCCAUGGGAAUGGAGCCCAUUUGCGGCCAGGCUUUCGGGGCCAAACGUUUCAAACUCUUGGGCUUUGCGAUGCAGAGGACGAUAGUCCUGCUUCUUUUAACUUCAAUAGUUAUAUCAUUCUUGUGGCUCAACAUGAAGAAAAUAUUGCUCCUGUGUGGCCAACAAGAAGACAUCGCCACCGAAGCUCAAUCAUUCAUACUUUAUUCUCUUCCUGAUCUCGUCGCACAAUCGUUGCUACACCCUCUGCGAAUCUACUUGCGAAGUCAAUCCAUAACUCUGCCUCUCACAUACACUGCAUCGCUCUCUGUUCUUCUUCACAUCCCCAUCAACUACCUCCUUGUCUCUGUGUUUAAACUUGGAAUCAAAGGCAUUGCUUUAGGUGCUGUAUGGACGAAUUUCAACCUCGUAUUUUCUCUGAUUAUCUACAUCUGGGUCUCCGGCAUAUACAAGAAAACAUGGACCCUUAUUUCAUUGAAGGGUAUCUUCUGCGGAUGGAAAGCGCUUUUGAAUUUGGCAAUUCCAAGUUGCAUUUCCGUUUGCCUCGAAUGGUGGUGGUACGAAAUCAUGAUUAUAUCAUGCGGGUUACUGAUUAAUCCACAAGCAACUGUUGCAUCCAUGGGGGUUCUGAUUCAAACCACCGCUCUGAUAUACAUUUUCCCAUCUUCGCUCAGCUUUGCGGUUUCCACACGUGUGGGAAAUGAAGUGGGUGCGGAGAAUCCAAAAAAGGCCAAACUCGCAGCACACGUGGGACUUUGUUUCAGUUAUGUUUUGGGAUUGUCGGCCUUGUUUUUUGCUAUUUCGGUAAGGCACGUGUGGGCUUCCAUGUUCACACGUGACGCGGAGAUCAUUGCUUUGACGUCGAUGGUGUUGCCCGUCAUUGGGCUGUGCGAGCUUGGAAAUUGUCCGCAGACAACGGUUUGCGGCGUUUUGAGGGGAACCGCGAGACCGAAGUUGGGAGCGAAUAUAAAUUUGGGUUGCUUCUAUUUUGUGGGAAUGCCCAUUGCCGUGUGGUUGAGUUUCUUUGCAGGGUUUGACUUCAAAGGCUUGUGGCUUGGUUUGUUGGCCGCUCAAGCCUCUUGCAUGAUCACCAUGUUGUUCGUCUUGACUCGCACCAAUUGGGAGGGUCAGGUUCGUAGAGCCAAAGAACUCACCUCCUCUCAUUCUACUGAGGAUGAACAAGAUCAAGAACAAGAUGAGGAGAAAGUCUCCUUGAGUUCAGGCGCCACAGAGGAAUGCUCAGACUCAAAUGUUUGA